AUGGCUACAUUUCUACAAACUCAACGCCGCCGCCUUCGGGACCACCUGAAACAACGAUGGGCUAAAACGGGCAUAAAAACGCUCAUCGAUGGCACAAGGUUUUGCUCAACAUGUCGACGAAUUAGCGCCCGGCUUGAGGAACUCAUUGACCGGGGAUUUGAUGGCCUUCAUAUGCUCAGAAGCCGGUGCUUGGUCGCACGCAUCGAUCUUCGGAACCACAUCCCAGUCGAACAGUCCCGACAAAAGAAAUGUAACCUCUGCAAUGAACAGUACGGCAUCCCUAGAGACUCCUCCCACAUUUCUAACAGCUUUUGCAUGUGGAUUCUGCCAAACGGAAUUGUUCCAGGGUAUAACCCGUUUGGCCCAUCGUUACCAUACGAGCCCCGUGAUUACAACUUGUACCUUGAUCAGGCUGUUGAAGUCAGCAAUGAUCCAGGGAAGAUAGGUGGCUGCCUCGUCGGACCUUACGCAGACUUCGAGCUUGUCAGGUCAUGGUUUAACGACUGCACUUUGCAUCAUGGCACUACCACCUGCCAAACCGACGCUUCCAAUCUCCAAGAUAUUGCAGCGUUCCGAGUAAUAGACUGUUCGUGGCGGAGUCUCGUUUCAUGGUCGCAGCUACCGACAAAUCAAGAUCGCAAUUAUGUUGCUCUUAGCUACGUCUGGGGAACCAAACCGGAUCAGUCUUCGUGGAGAAAUUGGUCUCAAAGGACUAUCUUGGAAACCCGGAACCCUAAGACGGUAGAGAAGCCAGAGGCCCAGACAACCGAUUGGCGGCUUCCGUCAAAGCUUCCUCCUCUUAUCGAAGACACUAUCACGGCGGUCAUCAAGCUAGGUUUCAGAUAUCUCUGGAUUGAUCGGUACUGUAUCCCGCAAGGGGAUCAAGAAGCAAAACACACACAGAUUCAGAACAUGGAUAGCAUUUAUGGGUCAGCUUCUCUGACAAUCAUUGCGGCGGCGUCAAAUGAUCCAUCCCACGGACUCCCGGGCGACAUGCCACGACAACUAAGGGAAUCAAAGUGGAAUAAUCGAGCGUGGACAAUGCAGGAAGCUUUUCUAUCAUGCCGCUGCCUCGUUUUCUUCGAUGAUGGAGCAUACUUCCAAUGCAGCUCACCUAGGUCGCACCGCUUUGAGGCACUUCAUGAGCCGUCAGCUCUACUGCAGCUCAGACACGAAGUACUCAGUGCCCAAAAGCGAGAAAUUAUGGAAUCAAUGCCUGCAGACUCAUUAAUUCUGACCAAAAUCGGAAAAGCUGGGGAUUUUGAGCUUGACUGGUGUGUGCAACUUGUGGAGGACUAUUUCCCUCGAAGCCUGACCUUCGAAAACGACACCCUAAAUGCAUUUUCGGGCAUGUUGAAGUAUUUGCAGUCCUUGAAGCCGUCGUUUCCCAACCUGUGGGGUGUGUUGAUGCUCCCAGACGUCCUAUCAACGUCCCCUGAACAACGGAUCAGAUAUAAUCUCGUCCUCGGUUUAGCAUGGCUUUACCGUGAGCAUACCUCUAGGGGUGACCCGAUCUCGCACAACCUUGGGAAGCUAGAAGGAACAACCAAAUCACCGAGGAAGGAGAUGUUCCCGAGCUGGACAUGGGCUGAUUGGAGGCCAAGAGUUGAACUUGACGGUAGGGGUGGAAAUGACAACAUUUGCAUCAUUCCCCAACAUUCAACCUUCACUUCCCUUGUCGAUCUGAGUGUGGAGCUUGACGAUGGAAGGAUUGUCUCUUGGGGUCAGGGAUACCUUUACGACUCGGAUGUAUCAUGGUUGGCAACUUUGCCAAACCCGCCACGGAUUCUGCACAUCCAGGGAUAUACCGCUAAUCCACAACUCCGAUACAUGACGGAGGAAGACUGGGCGGAGUUCAACGAGCGAACCAUACUUCCCAUCAAAGAAGCACACGCUCACAGUGGGAAUGGUGGUUAUCCCAAGGACCACUGGUACGGUUGCGAUACCAAAGCGCACCGUUGGAUAUGGAUAGACGCUGAUGGACAGCACCUCCAGCCACUACUUGAGCUUACUUUCCGCGAACAACCCCGGUGCUGGGAACGCGUGAAAAGUCUCAUUAAAUGGCCAUCUGCACAUCCAAACGAUUUAAGCGCCGAUGCCUAUCAAAUACAAAGCCAGAGGGGUAACCAGACUGACACCAUGAAACCCUACACCGAGUGCACGUUUGAUUUUCGAGCCAUCUUGCUUGGUUAUAAUGAAUUCAAUGUCUUUUACAUGAUGCUCAUAAAGACCCCAGGCCCCGAUAGUCAAAAUGAAACAUUCGAGCGAGUAAAUGUCCUUGAACAUAGCAUGGCAGGGGGGGAAACAGUGGAGAAGGAGGAGUUUUUGGCAAAGCUGACAGGAAAGCACGCUGAAUCCUAUCCGGGGACACCAUGGGUCAAGAUGAACACAAGAAUAGCCUAG